AUGAGGAGGUACGGUCAAUCCGAAGCGGAAGCGGGAGGUUUGCACCUCGACGACUUCAACUUCACGGGAGUUGCGGAGAAUGACGAUUUCUUAUUCGAUAACAAUGCCAAUCCGACUUACGCGCUCACCUGUCUUAUUGUUGGUUCGAUGCGCCUUGAUUCACUUCCGAGUGAGAACUUGAAUCAUCGUUCGGCUGGCAUACCGUCGCGGAAUCUAGCUAUGACCCUGGCCGUCGAUCUCCACCUUCAGCCAUACCGCUUGGCCUUUCCAUCCCCAAGCCUCAGCGUGACUAUAAAUGAGGCGUUCCUUGCGGCGGCGCUAGUGACGGUUGCCUACGCCAAGAAGUCCAGAAAAGUCUCUCCCUAUUCUUCCGAGACCUUCCGCGCCAACCUGUUUGGCGAGCUCGAAGUUCCCCAGAAUGACUCCGAAGCUGCCAGGAACGCCGUCGGCGACCCAGACGGAUUGGCGAUAAUGAAACUGAUUAUCUACACGAAAAGAGGCCAAGCAGCGUGGCUCGAGUACAAAGUGAAGGCGUAUGUCUUGCAGGACGAUACCGUGCCUCCGACCAUGACCCUUGUGCACAACGGAACAGAGGGAUCCAACGGUCCCAUUGUGUUGGAUCUGCCGUGCAAAUACCAAAUCAGAGUGGAAAGGGGUGUGUGGGUUUGCCACGGCUUUCUUGGGAAGACUGUGGCGCAGCGGACAGCGUCGUUUGUGUCGACGCUCGAAGCGAUUCGGAAGAAUCCGAGUGGGUUCUAUGGGAACAUCAACACGGAGGCGCAUCCUGAUGGUGCAGCGCGUGGGCAGCUGGAAAAAUAUACCUUUAGAGUGGGUGACGUGACGAAGUUGAUAUAA